AUGGCACGAAAGAUCGCCACGCACAUCAGCAGUAUUGACCCUAAUCAUCUGGUUUCAUCGGGCACUCAAGGAUUCCUCUGCGCAGACUGCCCUAAGAUUGCCCAGAUCGGAUUUGGCUCAUUCCAGCUUUUCCCAGACCAGAAUCAAUACGCGCCCGAUGACCCGAAUCUUCCUGCAUUCAACAACACCGUCCAGGCAGGGCUGCAGUGGAUCAGGAUGCACUCGCAAUCUUCACAGACGGCCAACAAGCCUAUCAUCAUGUCUGGUUUUGGUCUUGUUACUCAGGAGAGCGCGCCUUCCUUUGUGCCUUUCAAUUCUACUGUAGCACCCUUCGCCAAUGAUCAGAUCGGCAAUGUGACGCUGAAUCCUGGUGUCGCGCCCUACGGUGUGACCGAUCCCCAGCGAAACGACGCGUACAUGCAGUGGUUGCAGCAGGGGAUCGCAAGUGGAUUAGCCGGAAUCAUUCAGUAUCAGGCGCGUUCUCCGUUUCACGCCCCGACCAUCACAGAGAACGGGAUCGAGCCUGUGCAGAACUCCACUGGAGUCUCACCCUCAGACGGGUAUUCGAUUGUCGGUGUCGGGCAAGAGUCGGUCCAGAACGUGAUCCAACAGGCAGCCCAACAAUUCGCUCCCAAUUGA